AAUUACCGCCAAACACUGAUCUAGAAAAAAGGAAAAAAAAGACUCUCAGGAUUCAAUCGCCAGUCACAAAUACAAAACGAGAAAAAAGUAAUGACAUGCCUGUUUAGACCUGAGAUUCUCGUCAGCUUGUUGCAAACUGUAUACCUCUAACUUAUAGGUAGGAAUUUUUGUUAAAAGUUUAUUUCCAAUCUUUUGUAUGCAUCAUACAUACACAGUGGCUAUAAUUUAAAUGGUCUCGUUGUUCAGUCCAAAAGGAUGGAGGUUGUUGCUAGUAGCAGUAACUACAACAAUAAGGAUUCAGAUAGAAGCCGUAUGGCUGAUGUUAUCUGUGAGUUCCUUGAAGUCUCGUUCAAUUUGAUUUUGUAUGUACGAAGCGUCUAUCCUGAUGGUAUUUUUCGCAAGUCACGGAAAUAUAAUGUUGCUGUUAUGAUGAGUCGUCACCCAGAGUUGAACAAAUAUAUCUGUGAUGUGCUAACUGGCAUCAAUGCCUUAAUAAGUGCGGGAAAUGUCGAGCGGGUGACACUUCAAAUAAAUACGAAGGAUAAUGAGCCAAUAGAGCGCUUUGUAUUUGAGCUGCGAUUAUUUGAAGGAUCAGGAAAUGACGAAAUGACACUGAAUAGAGUUUGUGAGAUAGAGCAAUGCUUAAGAGACUUACUGCUUAAAAUAAAUAAUUGUGAUGCUGUUCUACAGCCUUUGCCAGAGGAUUGCACAUUUUCAGUCACUGUGCAAACUAAAGAAAGUGUUGCAAAUGAACUGAUGAAGAAUGAUCAAUUUGAGGGUUUUCCUUGGAUAAGAGCUGAAAGUUCUGAUAACACAGCCUCUUUACAAAAGUCAUCUAUUUAUCCACUUAAAUCUUGCAAUAUGCAUAACUUGAAGAUACAGUGUUUUGUAGAAAGAGUAAAAAUGAAAUAAUAUUUAUCACCAUAUAGCUUUUAGAGCAUUUCCAGCCAAACAAUUCAUUUGUUUCAUUGACUUAAAAGAUAAUUUCUGUUACAUUUACCAUGAUAAAAAAUGUUUCAUUGACGCUAGUUAACAUAUCACUUUAAAGUUGACUGUUUCGGUUAAAAGUCAAGCAAAGACCAAUUGUUUUGGUGAUACUGCUAUGUCACAAUGUUUGGUGCUGCCAAUUUCUUAUUACCUCAAAAAUUAUUAUUAACUCAAAUGGCCACAAAGUAUCCUUGGCACCACAAACUACGAAAUACUCUUGUUAAAUUGAAAGUGAUUAAAAUGAAUACGAAGACUUUAACUCAUACAGUUUGAUUUAAUCAGCAAGGUCAUCUGAAAUUCUCUGAGGCAUCAAAUUUGAAUAGAAAUGUUACCAAAUUAAAAAUUUAUGUUCUCGCAAUUCAAUUAAUAAACAUCAAAAUUCAAGUACUAUGUAUAAUAUUUGACAACAAUCAUCAGGUUCUUGAUCAACAGAUUGAAUUCUAUAAGAUUGGCAGGGGGUUGACAGUCUUGGCUGGAGAGGCCCUUUAAUUGUAGUAGAAAUAUGUAAAUAUAAUAAGAAUGCUGUCCAAAGCUUUGUGUCAAAUCUGAUUACUGUUGAAACAUUCGCUACUUAGGAAUUUUAUACAAUAAAUAAUGUUUGCUCAAAGUUUUCUUUGACCAUCUUUUUCCUAGCAAAGCUAGAAAUAUUGUGAUUAAUUUUUACUUUAUGUAGAAUUGAUAUAUUUGACAUUUGUACAUCUAUCCUGUGGGUUUUAGGAGAAAAAUGUAGAUCUAAGAAAUUCUUAUAUGAGUCCAUGUGAGGGGGAGUAUGAAGUAUGUGUUUCCUUCUUGAUGCUUAUAAAUCAUAACAAAUGCUUUAUUUUUCUUUAGAGAAUGUCAUACAGGCUGAAUAUGUUUUACUUUUUAUAAGAAAAUAUGCAGUUGUUUAAAACAGGGUAUAUUAUCUAGAAAAUAUAUUAUCUUUUAUUGACAAAGUCUAUUAUCUAGACAAAAGUUUAGGCAAGAGGUUUUGCUAAGAGUAUUUGCAGGGGUGGAGUUUCUCUAGCUAAUGUGCCAAAAAAGUUUACCUUCAACCUUAAUGACAUGUCAUCCCUGUACACAGAAAGUGGAAUGCAAAGGGGUUGCGGGAGAAGGAGAAUGAUAAUUCUAAGUCAAAUUACAAAUCUUACCUUCUAUUAUGGUCCAUCCUUGAUGGCUUGGAGGUGGUGGAGCAUCUUUUCUUGCAUAAUUGUAAUAAACAUAACAUUGAAUGUUUACAUUGAAAAAUUUUAAAUUUUGUAUAUUUUUAAAUUUAUGAUUUGCCAGCUGUAUUUUGUAAGAGCGAUUUGGCCUGCAAUGACACGAUAGAGCUGCCGUGUUACAGAGCAAAAAACGAAGACAUAUGCAUAUUCUGUGGACCUCACAAUAAUUUAGAAACAAGCUGCCCUUGCUGCAAGGAAGGGGAGCAGAAAUAGGUGCAAUGCCGCAUUAGAGUAUACAAGCAAAGGACUGACAUCUUUCCGUGUUCAAAUAAUGCACUAACAACAUUUGAUCCUAUGUUCAUAUGCAAUUGGACAAUACUCUUGGACUUUUCUUCAGAACAAAGUUGAUGGAAUUGUACAUUUCUUUUUUCUGUCUAAUUACUUACAACUCGUGAACUUCCUGUGAUACACGCGCAGAUAAAACAAUCAUAUAUGCGUCUUCAGCGUCGAUUACAACAACUUCAUGUCUCUUAAUCUUUCAUAGCUGAGCAUAGAUGUAAAAUAUGAUAGUGUCUCUUUUCUUUGGUGGUAAGAUCAUAGCAGUUGCUUUGUACAGAGUACAGUAUCUUUAGGCUCUUACCAGUAGCCAUUGCUGCCAACUCUUGCUGACGAAUCUUGUUUUUUUGUUUUUGCAAAAUUCAUUAAAGUCACGACUGCUAGGCAACUCACCCAGUCAUCUUAUUUGCACAUUUUUGCUCGUAUAAAUGUAUUUUGCUCGUCUGUCAUGUUCAGAAUCUUUGGUAGUAUCAUUGAGGUCAUAGGGAUCGUUGACGAGGAUAAUGAUAUUUGCUUUUAGAUGCCUUUUGCGCCUUUACCAUUGUUCCAUUCGGGUUAAAAAUGGACAGGCAUUCCUCUGUCACUCUGUUCUCCAUAACAGUCAGCAGGUUAACAUCUUUCCCGCAGCACUUUGAUACAACCGCAGACAUUGCUUAAUUUUCCAUAACCACUGAUUUUGAUAGCUGCGGCCCAGAACAUUUGUCAGAAGCUGACGUAAGGAAAACUUUGCAGGAAUUCCUGUGCAUCACAGAAUUGAAAUGCGUUUUUCUUUAAAAAAUACGAUCUUGUAAGAAAUGCAUGGCUAGAUUUUUACCAUCAUACUUUGCUACAAGGAGGUCAUCUUGUAGACCAGGUGAUACAAUUUGUCCAGACUGCCAUAUCCUUAAUGUGAUGUUGAAAGAAUCAAAAUUUCACCAUCAUACCUUUCUGCAAGGAGGUCAUCUUGCAGACCAGGUGAUACAACUUGUCCAGACUGCAAUAUCCUUGAUGUGAUGUUGGAAGAAUCAAGAUUCAAGUUCAAUGAUGCACCUAUCUAGAUCUUGAACGGCAAUUUCAUUUAUCUUUAUUCUUGUGACCGGACUUUCUUUGUGGAUGUUUAAACUUGAUGUCUUCAAAUUUGCUAUCGUAUGUAAAGAAGCCCUGGUCCUAUUCACAUAAUUGGCUGUUCUUAAACGGGAAAGCAACAUAGUUUCAUUUUUGAGAAUGCUGUUCCAUCCAACCUCAAGUUUGGAGUCCUUGCUCUUUGUCAUCUCAAUCAUUCGUCAACAGCCUUGUAUGCGAUUGAAAUUUGAGAAUUCUCUACUGUCUUUUAUCUGCUGUGCAGCUUUUUGGAGCUCUUCCUGUUGAUUUUUUAACGGGUUUUUGAGCUUUUCAAGGAGCACUUGAAGACUAUCUGACCGCACAUGUCCAGCUUUUUUUCAGCUUUAAUUAUUCUUUGCUGCAAAGCUUCCUAGUUUAGCUGUAAAGCCCUAAUAUCCCUCCGGAAGUGUUUGCCUCUCAAAGUCAAAGCCUGGUCGAUUGAUUUCUCUGAAACUAUGUCUGCUGAAACUAUCAGGUCUGACAAGCCAGAUCCCGAAAACUUUUUGUUGAUUGCAGUAAUGAACAAUCACUAUGUGUGGAAUGGACCAAGAACAGGAAGGACUUUUCAAACGGUACUCUGUUUUCGUUUCUUAGUUGAACUACCAAUGUAUACACUGGCUAAUCACUAACUAACUGAAUAAAUUGGAUAUCCUUUUCUUUGAUAACAGCAAUUUGACGCAGCAUGACCUAAUGCACAACAGAUUUAUUUAGGAAGCGCGAGGAAGAAAUGCGCCUUACUUUUUGCAACUGAAGUUUGAAGAAUUGAUUGGAAGCCGCCAAAUGAUCCAACAUUCUGUUCAACAGCAUAUGCCACAGUUCUUGCUAAGGUAUGCAGCAUUUCUUCUUUGUCUUAUUUUUUUCAGGUCAUCAUCAAUCACAACUUUCAGGUCAUCAUGUGUUGCUAGCACAGGUCUAUCGGUGUUGCACGAUGGCUGCAGCUCUGCGCUCUGCACAAACAU